UGAAUAUUCAUGAGCGCUGUUGGUGCUGCCGCUGAGUGAGGCGCGCGGGUCUCUCUCCGCCUGUGCUGAACCUGCAGGAGAGCCACGCGGGCACGCGCUCCUCAGUCCUGCCGCACGAGCUGCACCUGAGAGUAUGAUCACAGCCUCUGUCUGCUGAUCAUCUUCAUCAUGGAUCUAGUGGAGUUCUGCCAGCACGAGUGCUUCUCCUUCACCCCUCAGCAGCCCGACUUCCUGGACAUGAUGUCACUCAACGCCCACUGCCCCACCUACAUCAAGACAGAACCUGCAAGCCCCGCCUCCAUGACGGACAGUCUGAUGCAACACAGUCCUGGGGGGUCAUCAGACACGGGCAGCAGCUACAGUUCUAUUGCCAAGGGCAGCCAGGGGGGCGUGGACUCGCCCGCUCUGAGGCCUGGCGGGGCCCCCUGCAGACUGCUGGAGGAGCCACAGGUGAAGACUGAGUUUGGACUGACGACGUCACCCAAGCGUUCUUGUCUGGUCUGUGGAGACAUUGCCUCUGGGUUCCACUACGGCGUGGCCUCCUGCGAAGCCUGCAAAGCCUUCUUCAAGCGCACCAUUCAAGGGAGUAUUGAGUAUACGUGUCCAGCGAGCAGCGAGUGUGAGAUCACUAAGAGAAGGAGGAAGUCCUGCCAGGCCUGCCGCUUCACCAAGUGCAUCUCAGUCGGCAUGCUCCGAGAGGGUGUACGUUUGGACCGAGUUCGGGGAGGCCGUCAGAAAUAUAAAAGGGGUAUAGACUCAGAUAACAACUCUUAUCUGAACCUGCAGUUACCUCUGACCCACAAAAAAACACGCACAGAACCCUGCAGCAUUAACACUGAGAAUAAGUUGGUCUCCCAUCUGUUGGGGGCGGAGCCUGAGAAGGUGUUUGCCAUGCCUGACCCUGCCCUCCCCGAUGAUGACAUCAAAGCUCUGACCACACUGUGUGACCUCGCUGAUCGGGAGCUGGUGCUUAACAUUGGUUGGGCCAAACAUCUCCCAGGUUUCUCCAGCCUCUCUCUACCGGACCAGAUGCGUCUCCUCCAGAGUGCCUGGAUGGAGGUUUUGAUCCUGCGUGUGGUGUUCCGCUCGCUGGGCACUCAGGAUAAGCUUGUGUUCGCUGAGGACUACGUUAUGGAUGCUGAUCAGGCUAAACUAGCGGGUCUCCUGGAGCUUCACACGGCCAUCCUGCAGCUGGUCAGGAGGUACAGGGCCAUGGGUCUCGAGAGAGAGGAGUUCGUCACCCUUAAAGCCAUAGCACUCGCCAACUCAGACUCUAUGCACAUUGAGGAUAUGGAGGCGGUUCAGAGGCUCCAGGACUGUGUGCACGAGGCCCUGCAGGACUACGAGCACAUCCACCACUCAGAAGACCCUCGACGGGCAGGAAAGCUGAUCAUGACCCUCCCUCUGCUCCGGCAGACGGCCACCAAGGCUGUGCAGCACUUUUGCAGCAUCAAGCAGGACGGACGCGUUCCCAUGCACAAACUCUUUGUGGAGCUACUAGAGGCCAAUGCUUAACUGACACAUAUAUAAUAAGAAAAGUGAAAAAGAAGACUGUUAUCUGGGACAAUUGAUGUGGAGAAUUGUUUUUUUUUUUAAAGAACAAACACAUAAGACUUGAAGACGUUGUUUGUUGUUUGAUGUUCUUGUUGCAGUCAUUGAUGCUCUUAUUUAAAACUAACAGACUUUUUGUUUCCCUUUUUUGGUGCUUUAAAAAGAUGCUUGAGGGAAUAUAAGAGCCGUGCUGACGAAUAGGAGAGCUCGAUAUUGCCAGAGAAGAGAAAGCAGUCACUGCAGAGCAAACUGUCGCUGUCAUACGAAAACCUUAUCAUUAUUUAGUUUUUUUUUUAAUUAAUAAAUUAAAACAGUCCACAGUAUACAACAUAUACACAUCUAAAAAGGGUGAAAAUGACAGAAAUACUCUUCCAGUGUUCAUCUGAGUAAAUAAAUAAGCUGAAAAUGUUAUACUGAAAAAUACUGCUAUUUGUAGGUAGGUCUGCUAAAAUGUUAAAAAAGGUUAUGAAAUAAAUAUAAAUAAAUAUUAAAAAAAAUAUUUGAAAAGCAAGAUAAAAAUACUUGGGAUUCUUAAUAAUUUUAUAGUAGAUAAACAAAUCUGAAUCUUAGCAGAAACAAUGCAUUAUAUAUACAAUUAUAUUGUUCAAUAUAAAUGAUUCUGUCAUAUCAUUGCUCUUUCCCAGUUAAGAACGCCUCUGACAAAGUUAUGUUCCGAGGUUUUCCUAUGGCACUGACCACUGAACACUAGCAGAACACAGAGCAAAAAAUCCUGAGUUGUCCUGUUUCUUUUGUGUUGUUAUCUGCCUGAAAGGUACAAAACCAGGCCUCAGCCUAUAGGGCUCAGCACAACAUUUGGCUCCAGUUAAACACACCUAAACAAGCUGAUCCAAAGCUGUAGUGCUCCAUUUGCUUGGCCGUGCAGAGCAAGGUCAGAACAGAGCAAAAACACAGAAAAGAUGGAUUUUAGUCCUGAUUUAGUGGCGGAAAUAUGUGGGUGGAAUGUGGGAUAGGUGGGUUACAGGUGGGAAUGGAUGUCUAAGUGGGUUUUUACUGGGUUUUGUUGCUGAUAUCCAGUUGGACUUCCAGAAUGGGCCCAUAGUUACAGCCCACCUUAAUCUUACAUAGGUGUCAUCUAAAUCCCAUGUGCAGUUUACAACCCAGAUAGGGCCUGUGUUUAACCCCACCUGGUACCAUUACUGUCCCUAAUGGAGCCCAUGACUGACUUCCAAAUGUGGGGCCAACAUGAAACCCAUAGACAAAACGUUCUGGGAACCAGAUUUGCCCAAACAUGCGAAUAUUAUCUGGGAUAAAGGCUCUGCAGUCGCAAAGCUUGUUCGUCUUUUGUAGAGGAAGUUUCCAGGCUUCAACAUGGAAGCACUGCUGAGUGAUCUUGGUUUAAGGAUCUUGGGUUGUUUGAGUUUUUUUUGUCUUUGACAUCUACUUGUAGCAGGAUAUAAUGAAGAGCAUGCUCAAUACAAUGGAAGGAUACAAUGAAGAACACUAUCGAUAUUAUUUUGUAUGUUUUAAAACCUGUUUGUUUAAUUCCUGAUUAACUGUUUUAGAUUAUAUAUAUUUUGCCCGCUCAGGAAACCAGCAGUUUCAGCAAUAAUACAAAAUUUAGUUCUAUUAUUUUCCUGCCGUUUGAUGACAUAAAAAAAAAUCCAUAAUGACACAUCCUUUGUUCCAACAUGCUGUGAGCUAAAUCCAUUCAUCAUUGUUCUUAAUUGCUGAGGAAGCGGAGGUGUGAAAUGAGUAAUAUAUCAUAUAUCAUUGCUGUCUAAUAGCCUUUGAAUGCAUAUUUGAGUGGAGUAAAAUGAAGACUGACGCUGCAGACCACUCCACGUGCCUGACCGCUGUGUAUAUAUACAGUAUAUACACAAUACUUUCAGCCCAAAUCACCUAAAAUUGUGGAACUGUAGCUUUCAAGGGCUGAUGUUUGUGGAUCUAAGAAAUUCCUGAAUUUUAGGAGUUGAAACAUGCCGGAGGCCCCUCCUCCUCCCAGUCUAAUCUCAUGAAUGCAAUAUCUUUCUGGUUCUUUUUACUCGUGUCCCUUUUACUAGCCAUAUCUUUCGUCCAAGCUUCAGUUAUCAAUAAGGGGGUCUGGCCUUCAACCACAAAGCUGAAGCUACCUGAACUUCAUCCCGAAGUUCUUGAAGUUACUCUCUUCUCAUACAGCAAACAAUUCAUAUGCUGAUGAUAUGGUCAGUGAGGUGACUUAAAAAAAGAUGCUGUAGUGCAUCUUGGUCUUGGAGAAAGUUUGUGCUACCCUUUACUGGUCCAGUUCGGUCCUGGUGGUGGCUACCAUUUGAUACCAUUUAAAGGCCCAAACAUCAACAAAUCAUGCGCACUAUCUUAUACUCAUAUUGCUCUAUGAUCUGAACAUUAGACCUCAUAGCUAAUUAAACCUGAUCUUGACACACUCUAGACUGAUUAGGCCGACUUUUCUUGAUGAACUAUUAGUGUGUUUUGCUAGAGCUGGGACUCGCAUAUUAAGCCAAGUUUAUACACGCCACAGAUCAUGCUUGGUGAAGUAUUACCUCAGUCACUCAUUUGUAAAUACAAUACAUACUCUGUAUAUACUGUAUGUUCACACAUCAAGAAUUCAGCAAUACUGCAUUCUAGGUCAGUACUCGAUGUUUGAACCAGUACUCGAUGCUAAAUUUCAGGUCUGUCCAGUAGGAUCUUUCUGCUGCAUAAUCCAAUAAUUUAGGCUUAAAUGAUUCAAGUGACUGAGAAAUCUCUCUUGCUUUAAGGAAUCUCACAUCCCAGAGACCCCUGUAGUACUUUUUGAAUUUCUGUUACCAGUCAGAAGUUUGGACACGCUGGAUUCUGUGUGUUACACUUCAAUUUUCAACGCAUUGUUAAUAUGAAAGCUUUUGCAUAAAAGUUUUUAAUUUAUAUCCAUCCUCCAGUCUAGUAUUUAUGUUAGUCUAUGUAGUAUGGCUUUCCUAAGAAAAGUUAUUAUUAUAAUUUGCUCAUAAAAAUAAUAAUAUCAGUGACAUCACAACUGUGAAACAGCUUAUAUGGAAUUACUCCACUAACAAUUAUGUCACUGGAAUUAUUCUACAUGCAUCCACACUUUUGACUGGUUUUAUAUUUGCUAACCGAAGCCAUGAAAAAAAUCUAAUCUGACCUACUCUGUGAUAGUUCCACUAAUUAUAAAAAUAAGGAAUUGGUUGCAAAUGAAAUAUUUCCAUAGAUAUUUAUACAUUUAUCAAAAUCAUGUAAUCAGGUACUACAUAAGGGAUAUGUUUAUUUAUUUUUAUUUUGAAAAAAAGAAAAAAAACAUUGCAUUUGAUUUAUCUUCUGUAAUUUCUCAAUUUAUUGGACUGUUGAUGCUGCAUGGCCCAAUCAAAAUUUAACUUAAGAAAAAAAAGUCAUCCUCAUCACACUUCUGAAUUACUGGUUUAAACCUGUUUUCUUGUUCUUGAUGGAUUUGUUGACAUUGUAUUAAUAUGCUUGUAAAGAAACUGUAAGCAAUAUAGAAAUGUAAGCAAUAUGACCCAACAGCAUUUGCCAUAUAAAUGGAAUAUCCUUUUUUUUAAAUAAAUGAUUUUAAUAACAGUA